AAAGGGGCUCCUAGUUUCAAGCUUAUAGCCUGAGAGGAUAUUCAAAACUUUUAUAUUGGUGUUACUUCUAUUUAUUCAUUUUUUCUUUUCAUUUAGAAAAUAUUUGGGUAAAUUAUAAAUUCACCCCUUGUGGUUAUGGAAAAUGCAUCCUACCCCUCAAGGUUUUAAACCACAUUACAAUUUUCUUCUUCAUAAAGACUUAGGUCAACUAACAAAAUUGGAUGAUGUCAACAAUUUUUUUUUUUUUGAAAAUAUCUAUUUUACCCAUAGCUCCUAUCGCUCCGUCUUUUUCCUAUUCUCUUCGUUUCUUAGCCACAUCCCCCUAGAUAAUCCAAUGACUUUUUUAUAUAAUUUUAAUUUUAUACACUCACUUAUACAUUUUUAUACAACUCUGCAAAUGAUUGAAAAUUGCAAAUGCAAUGUAUAGCCCCCACCACCAUUGUCCCAUCUCUUGGCUUAUGUUUACUUCUAGGUUGACAAGUUGUUUGUUAUGGCAAUUGGUUAGUUUUAUAUAAUCCAUAUAUUCUUAGAAGCCAGGUGGAAUAUUUGCAGUGGUCUCUCGGAUUCUUCCAUGUGCCCUGCUUGGAUCUGCCCAUGCAGAUCUUGUCACCUCAUCCAAGCUGGACCUUGUUCAAUUGGUGCUAAUUUUACCUCCCACAGUGAAACUUUGAUUCCCAUCUUUUAUAUCUUUCAUUCUCCUUUCUUCUUCUUUCCCCCAUCACCUCGCAAUUUAGUUGUGAAACUAAGUGGGUUUUGCAAGAGAUGUGCAUGGAGCAACUGCUAGUGCUGGUUUGCGAUUCACGUGAUUGCUGCAUGGCUUCUUUGUUUCCAGGCUUAAAUGGAUUUUUGUUUGUUUGUUUGAGUCAAUCAAACCUGUGCUUUUGAUCAAAGGCUAGCAGAUUUUUUUAUAAGAUAUUUGGGAGAAAAACAAAAUAAAUGUUGUGCAGGGGAAAAUGUUGCAAAAACCUCCAAGGAUAGAUCUGGAGUGAAUGAAACGAAUGCAUCCUUAACGUUAAAGAAAGAAUAAGAAAUAAUUAAGUUGACUGGCCUUGGGACCUCGUAGCUUUCUGCUUUGGAAACUAUCAUGAGACAUCUUAAUACACAACCUUCUACUAUUUUGAUGUUUCUUGAGCUAAGGUAUGAUUAUUGAUCAACUUUUUUCUGGCUUACAUAUGUUUUUAUAUUCCUAUUUAGAUGGCACUUAGACUAAAUGAAGGAGAUGAAGUAGAAAUUGAGCCCGAUCCUGCAACAUGGAUAGCCUUAGAGGAGGAACUUUAUAUUCAGUUAAUGGUGAAAGAGGUUCACAAAGGGAAUAGAUCAUCAACCAACUUUUCAAGGAAAGGUUGGAAACAAAUUGAACAAGAGUUCUGUGAGAAAACCAACAAGAGGUACAACAAUUCUCAGUUUAGAAAUAAGUUUAACCAGCUGAGAACCCGUUUUAAUGAUUUUAGUAAGCUGUUGAAGGAACUUGGGUUUACUUGGGAACCCGUGCUCAGUAUUGUAAUCGCAACUAAUGCUGCUUGGGAAUCAUACAUAAAGGGAAACAAAAAUGUGAAGAGAUUUUGGGGAAAAGGGUGCCCAAUGUUUAAUGAGUUAGGAAUCAUAUUUGGGAACCCAACAUCAAGUUACAAAGAUGUAUCUCCAUUAGCUCAGUAUCCAAUGGUCAGUGAAUAUAAAUUGGAUGUAGAAGAUGAGUCAACAAAUGCUACUCCAUUCGCUUUCCCAAGUGACAGUAGCAAUGGUACAGAUUUUCCCUCGCAAAGUACUAGACGCCAUCGCCAACGAUCUUCCACUCCUACGAGCCAUCUUAAAGGGAAAGGGAGGCAAGAACAGCAGUGGAGGGUGAGGCAUUGAAGGAAUGGACUGAAGCUACAAUUCCCUCAGGGAUGUCUGAUAGAAAAUGGGCCGAAACUAGUAAGAUUGGUUUUCGAUGACAUUUGGAAGCAUACUUGCAAAUCAAGAUCAAGUGUUGAAUU